GGAGCCGCAGGUGCCAGACCCAAACGUCUGCGAGUCCGCACUCCCUUCUCCCAGCCAGGCCGCGGCUCCCAGUCGGCAGCGAGCCCGGAGGCAGCUUGGUCAAGACCACUCGAGGCCAUCUAGGACCCGCCUGGGACCACUCGGGACCACCCAGGACCCCAGGAGCUUCCCUGCCAACACCGCCACCCCCGCGCGCUCCCUCCGCCGCAGGACCCCUCUCCAUGUGUGUGCUGCCUCCCAGACCAAGGUGGCAUUGGAUGGUUUCAGCCAGACCUUGGUGCCCCUGCCCAAGAUGAGGCUCGGUGAUGAAAGACCGGCGUUCAUGAAAGACCGGCGUUCCGAGCCUGCUGAGAAAGUCCACGGGGAACAGGACCCAACUUGCUCAAAAUGAGGGGAUCAUUAUGCUUUUAAUGCAAGCCACCCACGGGAGAAGAUGGACUGGAGCACUUUGCAUACUAUUCUGGGGGGUGUCAAUAAACACUCCACCAGUAUCGGGAAAAUCUGGCUCACCGUCCUCUUUAUUUUCCGCAUUAUGAUCCUUGUUGUAGCUGCAAAGGAAGUGUGGGGCGACGAGCAGGCCGACUUCACCUGCAACACUCUGCAGCCCGGGUGCAAAAACGUGUGCUACGACCACUUUUUCCCCAUCUCCCACAUCCGGCUCUGGGCCCUGCAGCUGAUCUUCGUGUCCACGCCGGCCCUGCUGGUGGCCAUGCACGUGGCCUACCACAGACAUGAGAAGAAAAGGAAGUUCAUUAGGGGAGAGAUGAAGAGUGAAUAUAAAGACAUCGAAGAGAUUAAAAGCCAGAAGGUCCGUAUCGAAGGGUCGCUGUGGUGGACGUACACCAGCAGCAUCUUUUUCCGGGUCGUCUUUGAAGCUGUCUUCAUGUACGUGUUCUAUAUCAUGUAUGAUGGGUUCGCCAUGCAGCGUCUGGUGAAGUGUAAUGCGUGGCCUUGUCCCAACACAGUGGACUGCUUUGUUUCCAGGCCCACAGAGAAGACUGUCUUUACGGUGUUCAUGAUUGCAGUGUCUGGAAUUUGCAUACUGCUAAAUGUCACUGAGCUGUGUUAUUUGUUCAUCAGAUAUUGUUCUGGAAAGUCAAAAAAACCAGUUUAACACUCAGCUAUUAGGUAAAAGAUAGAACGCAUGAAAAGGAUGAGGCAACCUGCGCUUAGCUGUCAAGGCAGUGUCACCAGCAUUUCCCAAGACCAAGAUUCUCACCUUACCCAAAACCAUUUGAAACUCCUAUAGCUCUCACGUGAAACACCAAAUGCCUCAGAUGGAGCCCUUUUCUCCUGAAGUGAACAAAGGCUUGAUCCUGUGCCACAAUGGUUUAUACUCAGAUCAGGACCAAUGAAACCCCGUGCUGGUAGCGGUUAUUGGUGCCUGGUAAUUCCAUAUUUUGAAGAAAGGAUAUCAGCGUUUGUUUUUCUUUCUUUAAAGAAAGGAGAGAAAUGCCAGGUUCAAAAGAGGAUACUGAGAAUGUCUGGUUGCUCUUCUUAGGGUCCCCAUUUCUCCCCUAAUUAAAGGUAAACACAGAGAAUCUUGGUUCUUUUAUUCACUUUGGAAGUUUUAGUCUCUAAUGAUGGAUGAGGUCACCUAAUGCUUCAAACUCUGUUAUACUUUUUUCAAGUGAACACUUUAAAAUAAGUUCUUUUGGUCUCCAAGACGUUCUAAAAACCAUUGUAUGUUCCUCCUAUUUCAAAGGCUCAGAUUGUGAUAUGCAAAUGGCAUGUAUUUAGAUACUGUCAUUGAAUUUAAAAUACAGCCUCUCAGUUAUGAAUACUCCGCGGGGCCACUGUAGUAAUUGCAGUAUGUAGUACCCAAGAGCAUUUCCGCCUCUUUCAUGUGAACAGCCUAGAAGUUUUAGCCAUGGUUUCUGACAGCAAAUGGCCUCAUGUCACAACUUUGGGUGCAACUUUGCAGGAGAAGUACAGACUGGAUGUGCCACCAACUGCCACCAACUAUAGGCUGACUCGAGACACCCUGUGUCCCCUUUCAGCAAUUGCCUUUUCUAUGACUGUGGUAAAGGGUAGCAACACUGAUUUAAAGAGUUUGCUUGGGAAUAUUUUGUUGCCACAGUUCAAUUUAAUGGUGCAGAACAAAAUGCGUAUGUGGGGGGGGGGGUGUAGUUACUAUUUUUAAAGAACAAAUGGAAAGACUGGACUCUAAAUUCUGUGAUUAAAAAUGAGUUUCAUCUACUUCAAAGUUUGUUUGCUUCUCUCUUCAGCUUCCCAUUUUUUUAAGGGAAAAUAGAAUUAAUAGACAUUUUUGAAAAAUAGAAACUAGGGUUUAGGUAAAUAUUUAGCAGUUCUAUAGGACAGAUUGAACUGUAAUAGUAUCAGUAUGCCUGACAUGGAUCCCAAAAUUUGGUACUCGCGUACUUCAAUGAGUGUGGGUGUUUUCCUUUUGCCAAAAUUAGCAUUGUAAAAACAUUUUGUAACAAUAAAUAGCUUUAAUGACAUGCCUGUAACUAAAAUAAUUUUGUAAUGUCUCAAAGUCAUUUAAAAUAUUAAAGUAUUGCUUCAUAUAAUA